CUUCGUAGAAGUAGCUCCCCUACGAGUACCAUGAAGUAAAAUAAUAGAAGUACCGAAUACCAGUACGAGCACCUGUUAUCGUAUGAAAGGCCAAGGAAGAAAGGUUUGAAAAGUUUCAAAUUUUUCAUCGGAGAACGCAGAAUCAUUCUUUGUAUUCCGGUGUCUGGUGUCUCUUGCUACCCAGGAAUCAGAGUUACUAUUACGAAUAGUAUCAAUCUAGAAUCGUAAUCUACGACAGUUUAGCUUCUUUUUAUCGAACGGUUCAACUCAAACACUACCAAUCCACAAUGAACUUGAGAUUCGCAGCGUUGUUGCUCUCCGCGAGCCUACCAUUGGCAUCGCCGUUUUCGACGCCUUCGGUGCCCUUGUCGUCGUCGCAGACCAAUACUUUGCUUCGAAGCCCGCUGCCGUUUGCAUCACCGACGGAUAUUUCGACGGUUUCCCCAAAAACCACUCUUGUUCGCAACAACAUUGGCAACCACAACAAACCUCUUAACCGCCAUGUCUUGCACAUGGCUUCCGACGCCGCGGCCGUCAGCACCGAAGACGCCGGCAACGAAGGAGCAUCGGUUACCCAGCUCAUUUUCAACCUUGUCAAGGGGAUCGUCGGCGCCGGAGUCCUCAGUCUCCCAGCGGGAAUUGCCGCCUUUGCCAAUGCGCCGGGAGGAGUCAUCCCUGCCGUGUCCCUCAUUGCCAUUAUUGGUUCCUUGUCGGCCUACGGAUUCGCCUUGAUCGGUCGGUGCUGUGCAUACACCAACACCAAAUCCUACCGGGAUGCGUGGAGCGCCACUGUCUCCAAGUCGAGCAGCUGGUUGCCGGCUUCCGCCGUCACCUUCAAAACGGUGGCCGCCUGCCUGUCGUACUCUAUGAUUCUUGGAGACACCUUUGUGAGCCUCUUGUCGACCAUCGGCAUUGCUUCGACGAAGGUUCCCGUCACGCUCGGUCUGACCGGUGUGUGUCUGUUGCCACUGUGUUUGAUGAAAAACCUCUCGUCUCUGGCGCCCUUCUCCCUGGUCGGGAGCCUGGGUAUGAUCUACACCGCCCUGGCCAUGGUCGUUCGGUACCUCGGCAAGGCAUACUCCGCAACCGGUGCCUUUGGAGCGGACAACGCUGUGGCCCUGCGGCCCAAGUUCGGAACCGUCGGUGCCCAGGGGGCCUUCACGCCGUCGGCGGCCAUCUUUAUCAGCAUGCUGAGCACGGCGUUCAUGGCGCAUUUCAACGCACCAAAGGUAGGUGGUGUGGAUCCUGUGGACCAUUUGUCUGUCGACUUCUAUUCUUGGUUCAUUCCGUCAUUGCCACCACUUUUUGCAUCUCGGCUGGUAGUUCUUGUCGUUUGAUCAGGCCUAGACGACGAACUAUCUCUAUGUUAGACCUGAUUCUAACAAUCUUUUUCUUUUCGCAUUUUGAACACAUACGAACAAAUCUCUAUCGUUGUCGUGUGCUUCCCUUAUUGAACUUUCCUUUGCUUCAAAAAUUACCUUACAAAAAGUUCUACAACGAAUUGAAAGACAAGACUCUUCCUAAAUACUACAAAGUGGUUUCGACGUCGUUUGCUAUUUCUAUUUCACUUUUCGCCUUGGUUGCCUCGGUUGGAUUCCUCACCUUUGGCGCCAGUUCCAACGGAUUGAUUCUCAACAACUACUCUACGCGCGAUAGCUUGAUGAACCUGUCCAGAAUUGCAGUCGCUGUGUCCCUCGUGUUCAGUUACCCCCUAGCGUUUGUGGGCGCACGAGAUGGAGUCUCCGACUUGCUGAAGAUCAAGGGAACCGAGAAGACGCAAAACGUUUUGACCGUGGCACUCUUGUCCGCGAUCACGGGCAUCGCCCUCGUACUUCCCGAUGUUAGUUUUGUUAUGGCUCUUGCAGGAGCUACGCUGGGAAAUGGACUGAUUUACAUCUUUCCGGCGUUGAUGUACAGAGGAGCCAUCAAGAAAAAGCCCGAUGCUACAAAGGGAGAAAAGCGAGAAGUGAAAUUUGCUUUGGGAUCAGCGGCGGCUGGAAUUGUCAUGGGAAUCCUAGGUACCAAAAUGGCCCUUGGAAGUUUGUAGACCUUUACUAUCGUUCCCGUUCGAAAGACGACCUUCAAAGUAGACUAGACUGACUAACUGCCACCAUCAAUAUAAAUAAAUAUGACUAUUAUUU